GCCUUUUUUCCACUCCACUCACACUUUAUCGGCGAAACCGUCGAUUCGAUGCAGGCAAGCCGGGUUGCUUAAACCACUGCGUGUGCUGCUCCCCCACAGCCCACGGGAUAACUUUGAAAUCUUGUCGCGAGCGUCAAAUACGGCGACACAAGCCCCAAAAAGAGCAGCUUGCCCCUCCCUGUCUGGAAAACCCACUCCUGAUAUUUUUUUCCCCAGUUUCUCGAAAUUGCCCAGAAUCACACGACUUCUAUCCGUGCAUUCAUUCUCUUUUCUUUCCCACCAACCCCCAGUCUGCCCUGUCGACAGCUCUAGACUGCGAUUAAUCUCCAAAUUCACGUUCUCUUCGCAUCUCAUUCUAAACUCGUGCGAAACUUUCUGCCGCCACUCCUGUCGCCAUCGCCCCGCCUGGCUCCCGUUACCGAUCGGUCAAAUCCCUUUUUCUUCAUAACCACUAUCCCGGCUAAAUACCGUACUCUAGAUCAAAGACGAAGUAGGCCUUUUUGUUAACACCCUCUUGUUUUCGCUUUUUGCUCGCUUUUACUAUUUUUCCCCAUAUACCACCCGACAACCCAGCAAAAGUUAAUAUCGCGAUUUCUUUGCUUGUCCUUUAAGCUAUUUUCAUUGCGUGGUGGGUUUGCAGAGUCGAAGCGAAAAUUCCUGGGCGAUUGGACUGGAACCUGUGUUCUGUGUGUUGUUGUAACCACGACAAACAAACCAUCUUUUGCAACCGGUACCUCGAGCGAGGUACUUGUUGUACCUUCUCCCUAAAUCGUAUUCUCGCGACAUACCACAGACAAUCCACAAAUGUCAGCAAAAACGUCUACUCAACCAGCUCAGGAUGAGCCAGCUCUUGACGUUCCUGAUACCCGAACCCACGACGAGACACCGACAUCAUUAUCCCUGGGCACAACUGAAAUCAACCAUACUUCGCAAGAGCAUCUAGCCCCAGGCCAGCCACCCUUCGCUACCCCUAUCACCUCGAAUCCAUCCCAAUCCACCGAAGGGCCAAAUGUACGGUCUCCUUCGCCUCCUAUGCUUCCCAUCGUUGCCCUCGAGCCCACGCUCUCUCCUGUCAACAGCGCUGCCACUAGUUCGCCCGGGUCCACCACGGAUGAUUCCACACCUCCACCUCCACCCUCAGAAAUGAAGCCGCCCUCGUCUUCUCUACCUAUAACGGCUUCAAAACCAUCCCUUUCGAUCACAUUGCUCCUCAUAUCUGGUGUGCGCCAUCAAUUCGUUAUAAACGAGUCCUACCUAGAGUCGCAUUCAGUGACGGGUGGAACAGGAAAGGAUUCAUUAAAAGACCCGUUUGAGAUGAGUGUCUGGCAGUUGAAGGAGUGUAUUUGGAAGGAUUGGCGGGAUGAAUGGGACCAGAGACCAGCAAGUGCUCUCUUUGUAAGGCUCAUUCACUUUGGACGAAUGCUUGAUGACAAACAACAUUUAAAAGACUGCAAGCUCAGCCACGAUUCACCAAAUGUUGUUCAUAUGACUAUCCGUCCGGCAGAAACCGGAGAUGAUGAAAUGACCCAGCGUAGUACUAAGGGUGGAUUCGGAUCAAGGCAAAGAGAUGACCAGCGCUCCCCGAGAUGCCGAUGCGUUAUCUUGUGAGGAUUUAGUGGAAGCGGGGGAUAUGAAAAAAUUGGGGUCGAUAUGGUUGCCGCAAUUCUCGUUCGAUGGGCCGGGUGGCGGGCAACUGCAUAUGGUGGAUGUCAAAAUUUAUAAACCAACACUGGAACAUGUUUCCUAACGAUGGCCGGUCUAAACAGUUGCUUCGUUGUGUGCAUAUAUGUGCUUUUUGCUGCUAUGCUUUCUUUUUAUUCCUUUGCAUUCCUUUUAUUUCCCGCGUACGGAGUCUGUGUUAACUAUCUUUUCUUAUUGCCUCAAAAUCAUGGUAAUCUAUUCUUUGCCUCGUAUCUCAA